GUUGAUUUCUCAUUCAAAUCGCGGCAGAGCUGCAGGGGCAGUGUCGGAGGGGCAUUACAGCAUGGCAGCAGGGGCAGGAAGCCGGGGUAGGUGAGCAGCGAGAGCGCACGUAUCACUUGGGCAAGGAUGCCCUGACUGAGUGCCCGCGGGGGGAGAGCUGGUUGUUUCCCAGGAUGCCGGGCAGGAACAGGUACAACCUGGUGGAUGAUGGAUGUGAUUCCCGGGUGCCGCUGCACAAUGAGGAUGCCUUCCAGCAUGGCAUUCACUUCCAGGCAAAGUAUAUCGGGAGCUUGGAUGUGCCAAGGCCCAACAGCCGAGUGGAAAUCGUGGCCGCGAUGAGAAGAAUUAGGAUACCGUGUGGCUCUAGAAAGAGGUUGGCAAUAAGUGACUAUGCCAGUGUUCUGGGAGAUGGUUUGCAGGAAUAUGAAUUUAAAGCCAAGAACAUAAAGAAGAAGAAAGUGAGUAUCAUGGUGUCUGUUGAUGGAGUCAAGGUGGUAAUGCGGAAGAAACAGAAGAGAAAGGAAUGGACGUGGGACGAGAGCAAAAUGCUGAUGAUGCACGAUCCUGUGUACAGAAUAUUCUAUGUAUCCCACGACUCACAAGACUUAAAAAUAUUCAGUUACAUCGCACGAGAUGGAGCCAACAACACCUUUAAGUGCAACGUCUUUAAGUCAAAGAAAAAGAGCCAGGCAAUGCAAAUUGUACGGACAGUUGGACAAGCCUUUGAAGUGUGUCACAAAAUGAGCCUGCAACAUGCCCAGCAGAAUGCAGAUGGGCAGGCAGACGGCGCCAGCGACAAAUCCCAAGAAGAAGCCAAUUUGGAAGCGAACCAGUUAAAAGGAGAAGAUUAUAAAGACCACGAAGAAGAACAUGCUGAUCUCAAGAUGGUCAUCCUCCGAGAAGAGAGGAACAUCAAACGAGACUCCACAGUAUCUGAUUUGGGGAUCCCACAGUCUGUGCGAGUGUUAAUGGAACGUAGUAGUCAGGAUAUAGAGAAGUAUUACAUCCAUUCCCCUGCAUCCCACCAAGCCCAGACUCCAGAUUCGUCUUGCCCUAUCUCUGCCCUAACUCCGCUCGCUUCUCAGCACCGCUUGCAACUCCUGCAACAUCAGCUUUUGCAGCAACAGCAGCAAACACAAGUGGCUGUAGCCCAGGUGCAGUUGAUCAAAGACCAGUUGGCGGCAGAAACGGCGGCUCGGAUCGAAUCACAGGCCAGUGUCCGCCAGCUGCUGCUGACCAAUAGAGACCUGUUACAGCAUAUCUCACUCCUGGUACGGCAGCUGAAGGAGCUGGAGCUGAUAUCUGUUACCAAGCAGCCAGGGGACAGAAGAUCAUUACAAAACCUGGCUAUUGCACAGUCCCUCUCGCUAAACCUAAAGAAUCUAUACAACUUGGAGAUCAACCUUCCAUGUACCUCCACGCCCGCAAGUCUUCAGAGUAACCCUGGCAUGGUGCAGGUCUUGAAUGGUAAAAACAUUGGGGAGUCGUACCUGAACUUGUUGAACCUGGAUCAUCCACAUGUACCCACUGAGGAAGGGACCGGGGUUUUCUGCAGAAAGGUGGAAGGAUCGGAGGUCAUUGAGGUCAUUGAAGAUCAUAGCAAAGGUUUCAAGGCCAGGGAUGGAAGGGCCGGAUCAGAUGAGGCAAAGCUUCUAGAGUCUAUUCCCAAGCUGAUUCCACCACCUCCCAUCACUAAAAAGAGGUCCAGUAAGAUCUUUUCCAGCCAAAUACCAGAAUCUGCCUCUACUGAGAGCAUAACCGUUACGACCCCAACCACCGUCAGCCUGACCAGCUUUACUACCAUCACCUCUUGCUCCAUUACGCCAUCCGAGUUCGCCCCUGAGGACACCAGUCCGUCCUUUAAAAACAUCCACUUCCCGUGCUUUGAGAACUCUGAGCUUUCUCCCAUCAAGGAGGUUUCCAAUUUAACCUUCCGCCAGGAAGCUGUGGAUGAGAAUGGGACAUUUCACUCGAUGACCAGCAGCUAUGACAAUUUGGAGGACACCCCAACCAUCUUGCCCGAUAUCCAAGUCUUUAAUGGUUCCACCAAGCAGCUUGCCAUCGAGAGCACAUUGCCCUUCUCCACCGCUCAUGACACCUGUCUGCACAUCAGUUUCUCUGAAGAUGAUCUCCCUGACACAGAGUCGGACGUGUCUGUCCAAAAACAAUGGCGUCUAAUCAAAAAUGGGAACUGAAUAGCUGGCUUUGUUCUGGAGAACGGCUGGUUGGAAAACCACAUCAUCAACAUGGGCAUUUCCAAAGUUGCCUCCAGCUGCCUCAUUCAUGAACUUUUCAAAGUUGCCUCCAUCUGUAACACAAGACAACCUUACAGAGCGCUGAGUUAAAACUGAGAGAACUUGGGUGCAAGCCUUUCCAGUCUCCAUUUGGUUCCAAUCUCCUUUCCCAAUCUCCAUAUGGGUCCAAUGCCAAUAAGCAAGAUUUCCCCAGUGCUAUUUGGAACCAGAUAACUGACGAUUGCCAGAAAUAUUUUAUUUGAAAAUUGUAUCGAAUCUCCUCCCCAAAAAAUACACUAAUAUAUUGUUAAAUGUAAAUGGUUGGAGUUGACUUUUCCUGAAGGACACCAAUUCCCUUAUGCUUCAAUUACACAAUUUAGCUCAUCCCCAAAUCUGCUCCAGGUAUGCCUAGUUUGAAUCAGCACCAUAGGGAUGGAACGGUAACCUUUGUCUAUGGAUGUGUCUUGUACUGGCCCAGUAAGUGCUUUUGGAUACAAAGUUCUGUAGGGCCCACGUGGAACCCAUAACUAGAACUAAAGACCCCAUUGAGGAGCUACUGCCUUUCAGCUAACAUUUCAUAUGUUGGUGUUGCUUAUCUCUGUCCAGGAUCUCCAUGAUGUAACUGCUUAGCCACUGAUGUGAAACAUGUAACAUUGGGUUCCCUGUAUGGCCCAGCCACACAUAGAAGCUCCUCAUUGGUCACUGGAAGAUAUGGCACCAGUGUAACAGAAUAGCUACAAUACAGUAGUGUAGUUUGCCGUUAAAGUGCAAUACAAUAACUUCAUCUCUUGUAGAGAGAGAGAGAGUUUAAAAUGAGAGAUAGAAGAUUUAGGUUUAUUUUUUAAUGAUGACUGUGCUUAUUCUUUAGAUUUGUAAUGAUAUUUUUAAACUUGCGUCUGGAAGAUGGUUUCAUGCCCCCCAUUAGAGCAAAGCAGAUUCCCCUCAUUAUGCUGAAAGGAUAUUGAUCUUAAGGUGUCUGUACGUGUUCUGAUAUACGUUGUCAUGCAAGUGAUGGAAGAUAUAAUAUGGUUUUUGGUGGACCUCAUCUGUCCCAGGAAUCCCACAAAAUUAGCUAAGUCAGGUAAGUAUGGGACCUAUUGUACCAUAUUAUUGGCCUAAAUAAUGUAGCAUAAUGAGUAAUGACUGAGCCCUCUUACUGAACCACAUUAGUGGGGGAACCUCUAAAAGUCCAGGUUGGCAUCAACUGUGCAUGCUCCUGAUUAAAGAGAAGAGGAACUUCAGCCCCACUAAACCCGAAGUGAUCAUCUGCUUUUCACAACAAGGUAGAGCAAAAUGCCAUAUUUAGGGGGUCCUCAAUGGUGUGGGACAGGAGGAGGGGGAGAAAGCUCUGAAGGAGGUCCUGGUUAUUACACAGGCUUAAGUUAUCCUUUAAUUUUUUGCCCCUUUGAGUUUUUUUUUCUAUAGGUGCACCUUUGGCCCAGGCAAGUGCUGCUCAUUUAUGUGGACUCCGUGUAAUUGAGUGGCAGUCAUCUGAAUUGCAAGUGCCUCCCUGUGGGGAUGUUUGAAAAGGAUGGAUUGCAGGGCAUAUUAGAACAUAUAGGUACAUAUAGGACAUGUUCAAAAUGUGAAGGGAAACAACUCCAGUUCAGUCUAAAUUUAUCAUGUUAUGGUUGGGGGUUCAAAAUGUGGAUGAAGGGAAUUGGUAAGUGACUCAAGGGAGUGGGACAAGGUAGUUGACAUAAAAAGAUGGUGGUACAGGGUUUCUAAACUCUAAACAGCUGGUGGGAGAUUGGUAUUGGCUAUAAACUGUAGGGAUAAAGGGGAGCGUUUUCCCCACCCCAAACGUAAACAGAAAGUGGGUGUACCUGAUGUUCCCUAUAGCAAAGGAUCACAACAUGAUAGCCCUCUAUGGCUGGAGUUCUGAAGGGCUGCACUAGGGGUUGAUGGGAAGAUGGAGUUGAAUGUGUUUAGAAGGUUUCAUGAUGCAUAGGAGAAGGUUAAAGGGAUGGAACAGAGAUUCAGAGCUGAUGAAGUUUAAAUUAAAGGGAUCCAUUUAAGAACCACUAUAAUUUGCCCUAUGGCUUCCCUACCAUUACAUUUAUUAUCCAAGUACAGUAUAUAGAUCCAGAGUGUAAUUCCAAAACAGCUGGGCUGAGCCUGGCAACGGGAUUCUGGGCGAUCGGAAGACCUCAGCUUAUGCCUGCCUUGUGUCUUAACCCUCCUAUAGAUAUUUUUUAGCGCGUGUUAAUUAACGCCUAUUAUUGUGAAUCUUAAAUAUGUGUUUAGUCCACUACUGAAGUACAUGCAUAUAUUGCACAGGAACUGGUUUUCUAAUGAAAUUAAAAAAAAUUUAACUUGUAA